UUAUUACUGGACCCCCCGAAUCCUGGGAGGGUUUGAACCCACCUCUCGGAUGAAGGGGAGCUGGGAUGGGUCUGUCUAGACGGGUCCCAAUGGCAUCCAUCUCUCUGUCCGCAGAGGAUGAGCUGCGGGUACAUCCUGUGCACUGUCCUGCUCUCGGUGGCCGUCCUCCUGGCAGUGACAGUCACGGGGGCCAUCCUCUUCAUGAACCACUACCACACACCCGUCACCGAGUCGCCCCCCGUCAUCAGCACCAACCCUGAGGAAGCCAACGCGCUGGUCACCAUCGAGAAAGCCGACAGCUCCCGCAUCAACAUCUUCAUCGACCCCAACUGCCCUGACACGGCGGGCACCUUCGGGCGCCUGGAGGGGCUGCAGACCUCCCUGCUGCGUGCCGUCACCGACCACGAUGCCGAGGCCAAGGCCACCAAGAGCCAGCAGAAGGCCCUGCUGGUCACGGUGGCGGACGAGGUGGCCAAGCUGCUGACACACGCCGUGCAGCUGCGCGCCGACUGCGACGGCCUCAAGAAGGGGCACAGCGCCAUGGGGCAGGAGCUCAGCGCCCUGCAGGGAGAGCAGGGCAGGCUCAUCCAGCUGCUCUCAGAGAGCCAGACCAACAUGGCUCGGCUGGUGAGCUCCGUCAGCGACGUCCUCGACACGCUGCAGAAGGAGCGUGGCAGCGCCCGGCCCCGGCUCAAGGCUGACCUGCAGCGAGCUCCAGCCAGGGGAGCGCGGCCCCGGGGCUGCUCCAACGGCUCCCGGCCCCGAGACUGCUUUGACAUCUACGCGAGCGGACAGCAAGAGGAUGGGAUUUACUCCAUCUUCCCCACGCACUAUCCCUCCGGCUUCCAGGUCUACUGCGACAUGACGACGGACGGGGGCGGCUGGACGGUGUUUCAGCGGCGGGAGGAUGGCUCCGUCAACUUUUUCCGUGGCUGGGAAGCCUACCGGGAUGGCUUCGGGAAGCUGACAGGAGAGCACUGGUUAGGGCUGAAGCGGAUCCACGUGCUGACAGUGCAGGGCAGCUACGAGCUCCGCAUCGACCUGGAGGACUUCGACAACGGCACCGCCUUUGCCCACUACGGCAGCUUCGGCGUGGGGCUCUUCUCCGUCGACCCCGAGGAGGACGGGUACCCCGUCUCCAUCGCUGACUACUCGGGGACAGCAGGUGACUCCUUCCUGAAGCACAACGGGAUGAAGUUCACUACCAAGGACCUGGACAACGACCACUCGGAGAACAACUGCGCAGCUUUUUACCACGGCGCCUGGUGGUACCGCAACUGCCACACCUCCAACCUCAACGGGCAGUACCUCAAGGGCCACCACAGCUCCUACGCCGACGGCAUCGAGUGGUCCUCCUGGACCGGCUGGCAGUACUCCCUCAAGUUCACCGAGAUGAAGAUCCGGCCUGUCCGGGAGGAGAAUUAGCUGGAUGGCAUGAACCCCCACACCCCGUGCCCAGCCCCCUGCCCUUCCCCACCACCCCCCAGCUGCCAUCCUCCCCAUCCUCCCUGAGGGCCGGCCCAUCUUUGAGGGGCCCCUGGGGAGCACCUGCCCCUAUCAAGGGUGGGUUUAUCUCCCAGACACCCACGGACAUCAGUGGACCUUUUCUUCCUACUGCCAUGGCUCCCCUGCAGCCAAAACGGGUCUCCUGGCCAGAGCGUGACCCACAGCUGGUGCUUAUGGCUGCGGCAGAGAGAGCAGCGGGAUGCAGGGAUUUGGGGAGCAGUGCCCAGCGGGGUCUGGCAAGGAGAGGAAGGGAAUAGAGGGAGGGAGGGAUGCAGCAGCCCAGGCAGGCUUGGCACCUUCGCUCAUCCCCGCUUUGGGCACAGACACCCAACAGUGGCCUGGCCGAGCUGGUGAGGGAUGGGGGGGACACUCGCCGUGGGGAGCCCCUGAGCCCUGCAGAGUCCCUGGGACAGGGAUGGGGCUGCUGUUCUGCUGUUCCAGCUCACCCCAUGGUGCCCCUGGGGAUGGGGAGGGCUUGGCUGAGUUGCAGCCUCUACAGACACCUGACUGUACCGAUUCCUUCUCCGGUCUGCAAAACGCUCACCUCUCCCCCUGCAAGGGCAAUGCAGCUGGAAGGGACAGCUAUAAACUACUUUGUCCCCACUGUCCCAGUUCCUGGAGCUUCCUGGCAGGUUGGGACACCCCAAAGCAAGCCAACGUGGUGCUGCAAAGAACUGAGCAGGGCAUGGAGCUGUUUUGGCAGCACUGGGGAAACAGGGAGCACAGCAAGGAGGAGGAGGAGAGGAAAGCUCUCUUCCCAGCACGGCUCUGCCCGCGUUUCACAGCUCCUCUCUCCCAAACAGAUCCACUUGGAUUUAUGUCAGACUUCUGCCAUCCAAAAGCUGUGACCUUUCCUGAAACCCUUGGCUUUGGCCAGCACAUCCACGUGUCCCAGAGCGAGUCCCCUCCGCACGCUCCCAGCCUGGGGACCCGCAUUCAUUUCUACCCAAGGAUGAGCCGUGCUCUGGCUCGGCACCUGCAGAUAUUCAAAGCCUUUCAUUUCUUCAAAUCCCAUUAAGGUUUUGCAAAAAGCAGACCUGAGUGGGGCUUAGCAUCUGCAGGGCCCUGAUAACUGGGCAGCAGGCGAUGCCUUGUGCCAGCUGACCCAAGGAGGAGUUGCCAUGAGGUGUGGGGCUGACCUCUCCCUCUGGCUCCCUUGAAGGACUCAACCUGGGGAUUUUGUAAAAAAGCAAAAACAAAACAAAAAACCCAAGCCUGAGUGGGCUGUGUAGGAACAGGGAGGGGGACAGAUGGAAUCCUGCUACCCUUUACAUGAUUUUCUGCCUGUGGUACGGCAGCAAUGGGGAGCAGAGCCCCUGUGCCAGGCCCUGGCCCCAAGAAACACUGUUGGACGGACAGACUGCCUGAGAAGGGGAGGAAAGCUCCCGCCGUUCCUGUUUCUGGGAGGCUUAAGGCACAGAGAGAUCAAAGGCUCAUCUUCCUGGCUGUGGCAGAUUUGUACUUCCCUGCGUGCUUCUUUUUUUAAGCCUUCCCCACCUCGGACCUUGUGCUGGUUGCACCCUUUUGCCUGCUGGGCAAGUCCUUGUUUGUCUGUCCUGCUGGGGAAGCGGGGACAAACAAUGUACUGGGGAUCACUGCAGCUUUCCCCUCCGCCAGAACAUUCCUCGGAGCCCUCGGGUGAGGAUGAGCUCUGAGCACAAGCUCUGUCUGGCUCUGUCCCUGCCCGGAGCAGCCGGCCGGGCUGGGUUUCCCAAGCAAUGGGAUUUGGGGGAGCUCAGUGGUGGCAUUUCCCAGCCAACACAGGAGCAGGAGCCCCUGGCAGCUCCCGAGGGGCUUCCUGCGCCUCGCCGGACCUCUCUGGAAAGGGUCCCAUGCAGGCGGGGAGCACAACGCCUGUCUUUUACUUUUUGUUCAUUUAUUUCAGUGGAUUAGCUGUAGCUGGGGUUUCUAGCACUCGCCUUCAGGACAAGAAGGCACACGGAGCCACGUGCCCCGGGCAGGAAGGCUCGACCCCUCCCGGGAUCCCUCCACUGGUGUUUUUCCGUGCUGGGGGGAGGACGCUUGUUGGUAGCACACCCUUGUGUAACUGCCUGUGUCACCCAGGACUCCCUAAUGACUCUGUUUUGACUUGCGCGAGAAGUAUUUAAUCCACACCAAGAUGCAGGAUUUCCCAGGAUUAUUCCUGAGAGCGGAUGUGUCGCUCUGCGGCCCCAGAUCAGACUAAACCCGUCUGCAGUGACACCUCUCCGGGGAGGGGUGGGCAGGGGCAUCUGGGGGGCCCGGGACCUGGCCACGUACCUUCCCGGUGGAGCCCUGGGCUGGGUCGUGCUGUGUAGCAGUGCCGUGAAGUCUAGGUCGUGUGUGAGUGGUGUCCCACGCUGUACAUGUGGACUUUCUAAACUCCUUAAUAAAAGGAACUCAUCGUUA